UAUAUAUAUAUGGAGGACUCUCCAAUGUUUUUCUUAAAUUAAUGUCAGUGAUAGGUGUGUGGAUUUGUGCUUUGUUUGUACGUAGAUUAGAUUUACGGGUGUAAAGAAUGCUCCAUUUACGUGCCUGUUCCUUCCAAUUUCCGUCCGUCACAAAUGGACUUGAAGGGGCAUCAGAACAAGCGGAAAAUGCCAGGAUUAUUCCCCAAUGGAAGUUGCCGUUUCCAAAAAUUGUAAGCUCAAUUGACAGGAUAAACUCAAAGAAGAAUACGAAUACGAGGGAUAAAAUAUUCAAAAGGCAUAAAGUAUCAAAAAGGUACAUAAUUGUAGCCUCAUCAUCUGGACACUCUGACAUUUCUUCGAAUGAUGGUUUCUGGAAGCAACUGAACGCAUUCUAUCAAUUUUCUCGCCCACACACUAUAUUUGGAACAAUUAUGGGGAUCAGUUCAGUCUCUAUUCUACCAACAAAAUCGUUAGCAGAUAUUUCUCCCACAUUUUUUGUGGGACUAUUGAAGGCAUUAAUUCCAUCGCUGUUAAUGAACGUUUAUGUGGUAGGGUUAAAUCAACUCUUUGAUGUGGAAAUAGACAAGGUGAACAAACCAAAUCUACCACUGGCUUCCGGAGAAAUUUCAAUGGAACUAGGCACGGGAAUAGUUAUCACCUCCCUGCUCAUGAGUUUUGGCAUGGGAAUUAGGUUUCAAUCUCCACCAUUAUUAACUGCUCUCAUUGUUAGCUUUCUUCUUGGAAGUGCAUAUUCUAUAGAGUUACCUUUACUUAGAUGGAAAAGAAAUGCAGUCACGGCUGCAAUAUGCAUCAUGGUUGUGAGGGCUAUCGUUGUGCAGUUUGCUUUCUUUGCACACAUACAGAAGUAUGUUCUGGCUAGGCCUAUGCCCUAUACAAGAUCUCUGAUUUUUGCUGUCACUUUUAUGUGCAUCUUCACUGCUGUCAUUGCCCUGUUUAAGGAUAUUCCUGAUGUCGACGGUGAUAGAAAUUUUGGCAUCCAAUCUUUUAGUGUGCGCCUUGGCCAAGAACGAGUGUUUUGGCUAUGUAUCAGCAUGCUUGUAGCUGCAUAUGGAGUUGCUAUGGUGAUUGGAGCUACUACUUCUUCCCUUUCCAAUAGGCUUGUCACUGGUGUGGGGCAUUUUUUACUUGCUUGCUUUCUAUUAUUUCAAGCCCAAUCGGUUGACAUAUCAAGUCGAGUAUCAGUAACUUCUUUUUAUAUGUUUAUAUGGAAGCUUUUCUAUGCGGAGUACCUUCUGAUUCCCUUUGUUCGCUAAGGUGGCUAAUUAAACAUGGUGUAUUGGGGAGAUCAAUAUGAUUUUGAAUGUUUUUCAAUUGCCAUGGAAAUGUAGACUAUUAGCUCAAUUGGAAUGUAAUUUUCCUUAUCAAAUUUGAGGUCUUAAUUGUCCUAAUUUUAAUUUAGUAGGAUUGAAGUGCCAAAAUGAACUUGCUCCUCGUGCUCAUCCUAGUCCAAAAUCCAUUAGCCGAGUUCUUGGACUAUAUCUCCCUUCUUUUGUGUGGCUUUUGUUGUAAUUUAACUAUAAGUGUAUUAUUGAAAGAGGAGCUGAUCGUAUGAAGGAGAAGGUGCAGAAGGGAGAGCAACAGCAGUAAUGGAACAAUUGGAACUCAGUUCUCAUUUCUGUGAUUAAAUGAAUCCUGCCAACUACAUCUCUAUUUAUGCUAACUACUAACAGACUAUAACUUUAAAUAGCUCUAACUAAAUACAUGGUCUCUCUUGAUCUGUCCCU